UUCAACUAUCUGUUAUCCUCUUCUUCCAUCAAAACUGAUGAUGAUAUAAUGCUUGUCAACCCAACCACAUCUCUGAUUCUUGCAAAUUGCGUGGAUGGUGAUGAUGAUAAUAAGUUUGUCGAAGAGUUUGUUCAGUCAAACAACCUGUCAAGCAAGAGAUUGGUUCUGUUUGGAGUACAUGACACUGAUUUUGGCGCGGGCGACGACAGUGGUGGUGGAAGCCAUUGGAGCAUACACCAGUAUGAUAGGACAAAGAAUUCAUUCAUGCAUUAUGAUAGUAUGGAGGGUGUCAAUAACUUUCAUGCCAUGAAGUUGUAUGAUGCUAUCAAGGAAUACAUGGGCCCAGGUGGUAGUGAAGUUUCAUCAUCAUCACCAACAUCAGUAAAGAAACAAAAGAACAAGAAGAAGAAGAAGUUUGUGCAAUCUGUAUCCAAAUCCGAACUACCAAAACCCGAAUCAGUUGGUGGUGGUGGUGUUCUUUCUAUAUUCGUGGAAUGCAAAACGCCUCAACAAACAUAUGGGUAUGAUUGUGGACUCUAUGUUUUGGCUAUAGCUAGGGAAGUUUGUCAAUGGUGGUCAAAUGGAAAUAACAACAAGAGUGGUGACAUGGUUAAAGCAAUAGAGAAGCAUGUUGAUCAUUCUGUGGAGGUGAAAAUGAGAAGUGAGGUAUUGGAAAUCAUACAUGACUUGACCAACAAGUCAACAACUAACUAA